GACAAAAUUUUCCCACUUCACUCGAAUUAAAACCCUAGCGGCUAUACCUUUGCUACCCGCCGCCUCCUCCCGUCGCCGGCGCGCUGCCACCCCCACCCCCAGAGAGAUUGCCACCUGAGAGCGCCGCGUCCUCGCGCUCUCUCUGCCUCUCCCUUCGCCAUCGCCACCAUGAUCUGCGCAAUCUCCGGUGAGGUGCCGGAAGAGCCGGUUGUAUCGAAGAGUUCGGGGCUCCUCUUCGAGCGGCGGCUCAUCGAGCGCUACAUCGAGGACCAUGGGAAGUGCCCCGUCACCAAGCAGGACCUCUCCAUGGACGACAUCGUGCUAGUGAAGACCAACAAGGUUGUGAAGCCUAGGCCCUUGCAGGCUGCAAGCAUUCCAGGGCUCCUCGGGAUCUUUCAAAAUGAAUGGGAUGCUCUCAUGCUAUCAAAUUUUGCUUUGGAGCAGCAGCUUCACACAGCAAGACAAGAACUUAGUCAUGCGCUGUACCAGCAUGAUGCUGCCUGCCGUGUUAUAGCCAGAUUAAAGAAGGAAAGGGAUGAAUCUAGAGCACUUUUGGCUCUAGCCGAGAGACAGAUUCCUGCAUCAAUGGCAGGAGAUGUACCUGCAGCUGUUGUUUCCAAUGGAAAAAGAGCAAUGGAAGAUGAAAUUGGCCCUGAUGGGAAGAAAAUUCGUCCUGGUAUCAAUCCUGUGAUGAUUGAUGAACUAACAGAGUGCAAUACCAUGCUUUCUGCACAGCGUAAGAAACGGCAGGUACCCCCAAGUUUGGCACAAAUUGACGCACUGGAGAGAUAUACUCAAAUUUCUAGUCAUCCACUCCACAAGACAAACAAGCCAGGCAUUUUAUCUAUGGACAUCCAUCCUUCAAAGGACAUUAUUGCAACUGGCGGCAUUGACACAAAUGCAGUACUUUUUGAUAGGCCAUCUGGUCAAAUCCUGUCCACACUUUCUGGUCACUCCAAGAAGAUAACCACUUUGAAAUUUGUUCCUCGGGACGAGCUCGUCGUAACUGGAUCAGCAGAUAAGACUGUUCGGAUUUGGCAAGGAAGCGAGGAGGGAAACUAUAAUUGCAUCCAUACACUGAAAGAUCAUACUGCCGAGAUUGAAGCUGUUACAGUUCAUGCGACUCAGAAGUACUUUGUGACUGCUGCCAGGGAUAAUACUUGGUGUUUCUAUGAUAUUUCAACCGGUUAUUGCCUCUCACAGGUUGGUGAGGCUUCAGGACUAGAGGGAUAUACAUCUGCGUCUUUCCAUCCAGAUGGUCUUAUCCUUGGAACAGGAACUACUGAUGCUGCUGUCAAAAUUUGGGAUGUCAAGACUCAGUCAAAUGUUGCAAAGUUUGAGGGGCAUGCUGGACCAGUCACUGCCAUGUCAUUCUCUGAAAAUGGUUACUUCCUAGCGACUGCCGCUCUUGAUGGUGUCAAGCUUUGGGAUCUACGGAAAUUGAGAAAUUUUAGGACUUUCUCACCAUAUGAUUCAGACACACCGACAAAUUCUGUUGAAUUUGAUUUUAGCGGAAGCUAUCUUGCCGUUGCUGGUUCGGAUAUAAGGGUUUACCAAGUAGCUAAUGUUAAGACUGAAUGGAAUCUUAUCAAGACAUUACCAGAUUUGUCAGGAACAGGGAAAGUGACUUCUGCGAAGUUUGGGGCCGAUUCUAAGUAUAUCGCAGUAGGUUCUAUGGACCGUAACUUGCGGAUAUUUGGGCUUCCUGGUGAAGAUCAAAUGGACGAUGAUGCAAAACCAUCGGCAGAGUGAGUAAAUCCAGCGUACCUGGAUUUACGUAUUUGAUGGUCCCUGCGCUGUCUUCUGACAAUGGAUGGAUGGGUUGAGGCACACUGCAAGAGGAUAGCAGGGUCCUUGGGGAGUAAUGACGUGGACGUCAGCCGAUGUAAAACAGACUGCGCCAUUAUUGUAUUUUGUAGGCGUCACUAAUUUUUCUGAUGUUAUGAUUUGUUUUUAAGAUGAAUACAGUAGCAAAGUACUCGGCCUGCAGACAUGUCACUUGAGUCUAGAAUGUGCAAGUUUCUUAUAUCUUUCGGGCAAAAAUCCGUUAUUUGAUGCAUCA